AUGGACCGCAUACGCAGCCUCAUAGCCCGUCCGGUGGCAUAUGAGCGACUCGAGGACUCCAAUGCGGAGGAUGCCGAUGAGCCGAUAUAUGCAUCCCAAUACCAACAGGCAGCCUUCUCAAGAUUCAAAUAUGGAAUAUGCUUUCUCCUAGGGGUGUCUAUGCUGUGGGCAUGGAACAUGUUCCUCGCGGCAGCACCUUACUUCUUCACCCGAUUUCAGUCCGACGACUGGACAAGACUUCAUUACCAGCCUUCGAUCCAGUCCGUUUCGACCGUUACAAACCUCGGCACAGCUUAUAUUUUGGCGAAGCUGCAGAAGAACGCAAACUAUCCGUGGCGAAUUACACUCUCGCUUCUGAUAAAUUGCGUAGUAUUCACCAUCCUGGCAUUCUCCGCCGUUGUGAUGACCGACUCGUCGCCAAUAUCAUACUUUGCCUUUUUGAUGGUGAUGGUCUUCGGGGCCAGUUUGGCAACAGGGAUCAAUCAGAACGGUGUUUUUGCCUAUGUCUCUGGCUUCGGAAGGGAAGAGUAUACCCAGGCAAUCAUGGGUGGCCAGGGACUUGCAGGUGUGCUACCCUGUAUCGUACAGAUUUUCUCUGUGCUCGUUUGGCCACCAAAGGAUCAAGCUGGUCGCGAGGAAGGUGGAGCGGAGAUACCACAAACGACUUUGUCAAGAUCGGCGUUCAUCUACUUCAUCACCUCUACCGCAGUCUCGGUAGCUGCGCUAUUGGCUUUCCUGUAUCUGCUUAGACAACAGCCCUCAAGGCAGAAGGCAAGAGAUGACGAUGAGUCUGUUGAAGGACGAUCGCAUUCCAAAACCGUUAGCUUGUGGACUUUGUUUACCAAGCUGCGGUUCUUGGCAUUUGCUGUCUUUGUCUGUUUCCUCAUCUCCAUGGUGUUUCCCGUUUACACGGCAGAAAUCGAAUCCGUCAAUGACCCAGCCAAGUCGCGGGUUUAUGAUCCCAGCGUCUUUGUUCCACUGGCGUUUUUGAUAUGGAAUCUGGGCGACUUGAUCGGGCGGAUGGGUGUCGCUAUCCCGGGAAUGUCAAUGGGUCAGUAUCCUCAGAUGGCUGCUAUUCUUGCCAUUGCGCGUGUCAUGUUCAUCCCGAUGUACCAGCUCUGCAACAUCAACGGGCAAGGUGCUGUUGUCAAGAGUGAUCUAUUCUACUUUUUCGUGCAGUUCCUGUUCGGUGCAACCAACGGGUACCUAGGAACGAGCUGUAUGAUGGGUGCUGGGCACUGGGUUGUUGCUGAUGAGCGGCCAGCUGCUGGUGGAUUCAUGAGUAUGGUCCUCGUUGGUGGUCUGGCAGCGGGUAGCUUGCUGAGCUUUUCCGUUGUGGGAUGA